GGCACGCAUGCCCGGGGGUGGGGCUGGCGGACUGGCGGGCGGUGGAGGCGCGGGGCCUGGUCUUGGAGUCACCAUGGCCAAGACCGUGGCCUAUUUCUACGACCCCGACGUGGGCAACUUCCACUACGGGGCUGGGCACCCUAUGAAGCCCCAUCGCCUGGCAUUGACCCAUAGUCUGGUCCUGCACUACGGUCUCUAUAAGAAGAUGAUCGUCUUCAAGCCAUACCAGGCUUCCCAGCAUGACAUGUGCCGCUUCCACUCCGAGGACUACAUAGAUUUCCUGCAGAGAGUCAGCCCCACCAAUAUGCAAGGCUUCACCAAGAGCCUUAAUGCUUUCAACGUGGGCGAUGACUGCCCAGUGUUUCCCGGGCUCUUUGAGUUCUGCUCCCGUUACACAGGCGCAUCUCUGCAAGGAGCAACCCAGCUGAACAACAAGAUCUGUGAUAUUGCCAUUAAUUGGGCUGGUGGUCUGCACCAUGCCAAGAAGUUUGAGGCCUCAGGCUUCUGCUAUGUCAAUGACAUUGUCAUCGGCAUCCUGGAGCUGCUCAAGUACCACCCUCGGGUGCUCUACAUCGAUAUUGACAUCCACCAUGGUGAUGGGGUUCAGGAAGCCUUCUACCUCACUGACCGGGUCAUGACAGUGUCCUUCCACAAAUACGGAAAUUACUUCUUUCCUGGCACAGGUGACAUGUAUGAAGUUGGAGCAGAAAGUGGCCGCUAUUACUGUCUCAAUGUGCCCCUACGGGAUGGCAUCGAUGACCAGAGUUACAAGCACCUUUUCCAGCCGGUUAUCAACCAAGUGGUGGACUUCUACCAACCCACAUGCAUUGUGCUCCAGUGUGGUGCUGACUCUCUGGGCUGUGAUCGAUUGGGCUGCUUCAACCUCAGCAUCCGAGGACAUGGGGAGUGUGUAGAAUACGUCAAGAGCUUCAAUAUCCCUCUCCUGGUGUUAGGUGGAGGCGGUUAUACUGUCCGGAAUGUGGCCCGCUGCUGGACUUAUGAGACGUCAUUGCUGGUAGAAGAGGCCAUUAGUGAGGAGCUUCCCUAUAGUGAAUACUUCGAGUACUUUGCCCCGGACUUCACGCUCCAUCCAGAUGUCAGCACCCGCAUCGAAAAUCAGAACUCGCGCCAGUAUCUGGACCAGAUCCGCCAGACAAUCUUUGAGAACUUGAAGAUGCUCAACCAUGCACCUAGUGUCCAGAUUCAUGAUGUGCCCUCAGACCUCCUGACCUAUGACAGGACGGAUGAGGCUGAUGCAGAGGAGAGAGGUCCCGAGGAGAACUACAGCAGGCCAGAGGCACCCAAUGAGUUCUAUGAUGGAGACCACGACAAUGACAAGGAAAGUGACGUCGAGAUUUAAGAGUGGCUGGGGAUGCUAUGUCCCAAGGAAUUCCUUUUCACCUCUUGGUUGGGUGGGAGGGAGAAGACGUGACUUCCCCAAUGCUGGACAGAUCACAACCAGGGUUUGUUACCAACUCUGGGGAAAGGUUUGGAGACCACAUCUGGUUCUAAAACCAACUUCCCCUUUUCCUCUGCCUCCUAAGGUCUGACAGUGGUACCUAUUAGGGAGGGGAAAGGAGCAAGGACAGCUGUCUCUGGGAUAUCUUGGGCAAUGGGCCCUAGAAGCCAGUCCCCACCCCUCUGCCCCCCUUACUUCUAUGCUUCCCUCCAACCCAGAGACUUAGGCCUGAAGGGGGGUAGGCAGGAUUGAGAUUGCCUCUGAUUCCUCCUUGCCUGGGUUUUCCUGCUGCAGGCUUUUCUUCCAGGACAGGUGAAGUGUGAGAGGUUUCAGGGAUUCUGACUCCCUAACACCUUAAUCUCAGAUGAUGGAAUGUAUGGUUUUGUGUCAGGGGAGGAUGUGAAAAUGUCAUGUUCUAACUUUUUUGGCUUCAUGUCCAUUUUACCACUGUUUUUAUCCAAUAAAUCAAGUUGGUAUUUUUUGUA